AUGACGACGACCCAAAAGAAGGUUUGGAGCGAGGACCCAGAAUUUCCCCCAGAAGUACCUGUUGAUGUACCACCACUAGAAACUCAAGUACCACCCGUACCAGAGGAAGUCCAAGAUUUUACUCCAGCACUGCUGCAACCUACGCAAGAUCCUAUUUCAUCCCCUGUCAGUCAAGCUACACCAGUCCCAGCAGCAGUUCCUAGUCCAGCACCAGUUCCAGCACAACUAACUCCUACUGCCGAGCAGUCAACUACAACACGAGCCUCGUCCAGCAAGAAGCGCUACAAGAAAACCGCAAGCCGUAUACUUCAGUCAUCUCCCUCGCCAGCAGCAGUAGACUUGGGAUCCAAUAGUCCCUCUCAUCCCAAAUGA